ACAUUCCCCAUUAUUUCCUUCACAACACAACACACAACACACCCUUCUUUUCUUCUUCUCCUACAAUGGCUUUAACAAAAUCAACCAAACUUCCUCAAACACAACUCAUCAAACAAAUCCUUAAAAGAUGUUCAAGUCUAACCAAAAAACAACAACAACAAUCCUACGACGAUCAUCGUUUACAUGUUCCUAAAGGUCACUUUGUUGUCUAUGUUGGUGAAAACCGAAGCAGGUACAUUGUUCCCAUCUCCUUCCUAACUCGACCAGAGUUUCAAAACCUCUUACAUCAAGCUGAAGAAGAGUUCGGAUUCGAUCAUGACAUGGGUCUUACCAUCCCUUGCGACCAAGAUGUUUUCGAGUCUCUUACUUCCAUGCUCAGAUAGAAACUUUCCAUUUAUUUUUUGAGGAGAGAAAAUAAAACACCUAAAGAUGAAGCUGCUUCAUUGCUUCUCUACGAGUUUAUAAUUUUCUCCUCUUUUUUUCUCUUUAAUUUCUAAAUAUAUAUUAAUAUUAGUGUAUGUAUGAAUGAAUGAGGUUGAUGUUUUAGAGAGAGUUCAACCUCAUGAAAUUUCCCCAAGAAUGAAUCUUUGUGGGUUGAUUUAGAUUGUAAAUCUAGUUUGGUAGAAAUUGAGCACCAUUUUUUUCCUGCAGAUGUAGUGUAGGUUUGUUGUACUAUGUUGUUUUGCGAUGGAGAACUGAUUUAAAAGGAUAAUAUUUUUACU